UUUCCCUUGCUGUGAAGACGACCCAUUUUGUUUUCUGGUUUUUGGUGUUGACGGUGGUUUGUCGACGGUUGUUGGUGCUGCGUUGAAGAAGAUAUGAAAAGUUCGCGAUGGAUUUUUGGGCGAUGAGCGGAGAGUGGAGUGUGGGUCACGUGAGGGUUCGCUUAGGGUGGUGGUAUUUAAGCCGCGCGGAUGGUGUUUUCUUCCGCCGGGAAAACUCUGCGACUCUGAGCUUUCAUGAGAGCUCUUGCUCUGUUUCUGUUGCUACGACUAACUAACAGGUAAAGCCUGCGCAGCUUACUUUUAUUUUUCUGGUACCUCUUAUGUCAGGAGUGCGUCCUAGCGAUGUUUCUCCGAUGAUCUAAAUGGACUUCUGAUCUUCUCCUUUUCACUUAUAUUGCUGCAAUAUGCUAUGAAGACAGUUUUGCUGACUUCGUAAAGUUUGUUAGGUUCGCUACUUGUCGGUGUCUGUUGGCUCAGUUU